CUCACUCCGCAGCUAGCUGUCACGGUGGAGAGCUUUCCUGUUGCUGUGGCGGACUAAAGACACAACUAACAGGAGGCCAGGGAUCACUUCACUUUGAGGAGAUCUUCCCAUGAUGUUGCCUCAGCACCUCAAGCAGAUACGAGUCCUUAUGCUCCACGACAAAGAGAAUUUGGAGAAAACUCUGUUCAGACUUGAACAAGGUUUUGAGCUCCAGUUCCACCUGGGUCCGAGCCUUCAGGGGAAGAAGAUUGUAGUUCACACCAACUACCCUGAAGAAGGACAGGCGUUUAACCGGACCAAAUUCCGCGUUUUGUCGUGGAACUAUCCAACUGGACAGGAGGAUGACUCUGACAAGUUCUGCUCCCUGGAGCUGAAGACCGCCGGAUCCUAUCAGUACUACUUUGGACAUGAAGGCGUGGAGAGGUUGGGAGGAGGCUACAUCGUGGUGGACCCCGUCAUGCGCGUCGGGGCAGACAACCAGGUCCUCCCUCUGGACUGCAUCACCAUCCAGACGUACCUCUCCAAAUGUCUCGGACACUUCAACGAUUGGCCGGAAAGACUGAGAGUGGCAAAGGAGUCCGGAUACAACAUGGUCCACUUCACUCCUCUCCAGACUUUAGGAGAGUCCAGGUCCUGUUACUCUCUCGCGGACCAGCUGACCUUCAGCCCCGAGUUCAGCCCGCAGGGUCAGAGUUGCAGCUGGGAAGAUGUGGGAGCCCUGGUGGAGAAACUAAGAGUGGACUGGAAGAUGCUGUGUAUCACUGAUGUGGUGUAUAAUCACACUGCUGCAAACAGUCCCUGGAUAAAGAAGCACCCGGAGUGCGGCUAUAACCUGGUGAACUCCCCUCACCUCCGGCCCGCCUGGGUCCUGGACCGAGCCAUCUGGCACCUCACCACCCGAGUAGCAGACGGACGCUACAAGGACAAGGGUCUUCCUCCUAACAUCACCAACGACAGCCAUCUGAACGCCGUCCGCACUGUGCUGUGGGAGGACGUGUUUCCGCAGAUCAAACUGUGGGAGUUCUUCCUGGUCAAGGUGGACCCUGCCGUGGAGCAGUUCAGAGUCCUGCUGCAAAACGGCUCUAAACCAGACCAUCAUAAGACUGGAGGGAAGAAAGAAUUUCAUAUAGUCCAGGACCCGGAGUUUCGUCGUUAUGGCAACACAUUGGACAUGGACUUUGCUUUGGAGACAUUUGUACCUCACAGCUACUCCCCAAAUCAUAUUGAGGAGUGUUGUGGUUGGCUGAGGCAGCGGCUGGUGGAGUAUAACGGGGAGCAGCAUCACGUCGUACACCAGCAUCAGGAGCAGGCGAUCAACUGCCUCGUGGGAAACAUAGUGUAUGAACGACUGGCUGAUCACGGCCCCAAACUGGGUCCUGUAACCAGGAAAAAUCCUCUGGUCACCAGGUACUUCACCUUCCCAUUUGAGGAGAUGACUUUGGACACGGAGAUGAAGCUGCUUGAUCUGCCGGAGAAGAUGGUGCACUUUUUGGCUCACAACGGUUGGGUGAUGGGUGAUGAUCCACUACGCAACUUUGCAGAGCCAGGCUCCAACGUGUACAUACGUCGGGAGUUGAUCUGCUGGGGUGACAGUGUCAAGCUCCGAUAUGGGAAAGGACCCAAGGACUGCCCGUACCUGUGGGCGCACAUGCAGAAAUACACUGAAAUUACAGCCAAACAUUUCCAUGGCGUCAGACUGGACAACUGCCAUUCUACUCCUCUUCACGUUGCUGAGUUCUUGCUGGGCGUGGCCAGAAGAGUGUGUCCUAACCUGUAUGUGGUGGCUGAGCUGUUCACGGGCAGCGAGGAGCUGGAUAAUAUCUUUGUUACCAGGCUAGGAAUAACAUCGCUUAUACGAGAGGCCAUGUCAGCUGGUGACAGCCAUGAAGAGGGUCGACUGGUCUACCGUUACGGAGGUGAGCCCGUGGGAGCCUUUGUCCAGCCCAGUCUGCGCCCCCUGAUGCCGUCCAUCGCCCACGCCAUGUUCCUGGACGUUACCCAUGACAACGAGUGCCCCAUUCAGCUUCGCUCAGCGCUGGACUCCCUGCCCAGUUCUGCCAUCGUGUCUAUGGCCUGCUGCGCCACCGGCUCCACCAGAGGAUAUGAUGAAUUAGUACCACACCAGAUAUCUGUGGUGAAGGAGGAGCGCUUCUACCCCAAGUGGAAUCCAUCAGCAGCCGCCAGCUCCACGGGGGAAGUUGGUUUCCAGACCGGUGUUAUUGCCGGGAAACUGGCGCUAAACAAACUGCACCAGGAACUGGCCACCCAGGGAUUCAUGCAGGUCUACGUAGACCAGGUGGACGCAGAUAUCGUUGCUGUUACUCGUCACUGUCCCAGCACCCACCAGUCUGUGGUAACAGUGAGCAAGACGGCCUUCUGGAACCCCCAACACCACCAUUACGACAUCAACUCCCCACCCAUGUACAUACCUGGUCAGAUAGAAGAAAUUAUACUGGAGGCCAGGACGGUGGAAAGGCAUGCUGGGAGUUAUGAGAAGGAUGAGAAAUACAUCAAUGGCAUGCCAGAAUACACAGUGGAAAUAAAAGAGCAUAUUUCGCUGGAGCAGAGCUCGGUGGUGAAACACAGUGGAGUGACAUCCAAAGGCAGAUCAGAGUUUGUGCAGGAAAUUCAAUUCCAAAAGUUCACACCUGGCAGCACCAUCGCCUUCAGAAUUAAUUUGGACUCCAAAGCUCAGAAACUGGUGGGUGUGUUGCGCUACUAUCUGUCCCAGUUCAGCCCGAAGUACAAGAAAGGCAGCGUACCGGAUGAUAACACACCAGCAGCUCUGCAGAAACCCCUGGCGCAGCUGAUGUCCAAGCUGACGCUGGCAGACAUGAAUACGCUGCUGUUUUGCUGUGAAUCAGAGGAAGUAGAGAACGGUGGAGGCGGUUACGGUAUCCCCGGCUGGGAGAGCCUGAAAUAUGCAGGACUUCAAGGUCUGAUAUCAGUGUUAGCUGAUAUCCGUCCCAAGAAUGACCUGGGUCAUCCUGUGUGUAGUAACCUCAGAGAAGGAGACUGGCUCAUAGACUAUGUCUCCAACAGGCUGAUAAACAGGGAGGGGCCCCUGGCACAGGUUGGUCAGUGGUUGGCAGCCAUGUUUGAAUACCUGAAGCACAUGCCGCGCUACCUUAUCCCUUGCUACUUCGAUUCAAUCAUUGUUUGUACUUACACUGCAGCCCUGGAUGCAACUUUCAAACUCAUGUCAGGCUUCAUUCAGAAUGGUUCCACCUUCGCUCGUCACCUCGCACUGGGUUCUAUCCAGAUGUGUGCUGUUGGACGCUUCUCUGCUCUUCCACCCAUUUCAGCAAAAUUAGCGGACAUCCCAUACCGCAUAAGUCCAGUAACCGGCCAGAAGGAGCAGUGCUGUGUUUCAAUGGCUGCAGGUCUUCCUCACUUCUCUGCGGGUAUUUUCCGUUGUUGGGGCAGAGAUACUUUCAUUUCUCUCAGAGGACUGAUGCUUUUAACAGGGAGGCACAUUGAGGCACGAAACAUCAUCCUGGCUUUUGCCGGGACUCUGCGUCACGGUUUGAUCCCCAACCUGCUGGGAGAAGGUCGCUGUGCCAGGUUCAACUGCAGGGAUGCUGUGUGGUGGUGGCUGCAGUGCAUCCAGGAUUACACCAACCAUGUUCCUGAUGGCCAUGAAAUCCUGCGCUGCCCCGUUGCACGCAUGUAUCCGACCGAUGACUCUGAACCCCUCAAGCCCGGAGAAGUGGAGCAGCCGCUGCAUGACGUGAUCCAGGAGGCUCUGAUGCGCCACCUACAGGGAAUUUCCUUCAGGGAGAGGAACGCCGGGUCCAAGAUCGACAUGCGCAUGAAGGACGAAGGGUUUAACGUGUCUGUUAAAGUGGACCCCGCCACCGGCUUCGUGAUGGGAGGAAACAGAUUUAACUGUGGGACUUGGAUGGACAAGAUGGGAGAGAGCGACAGAGCAAGGAACAACGGCAUGCCGGCAUCUCCAAGAGACGGAUCAGCCGUGGAGAUCGUCGGCCUCAGCAAGUCCACUGUUCGCUGGGUCUUGGAGUUGCACUCCAAAGGCCUGUUCCCUUAUGAUGGCGCUAAAGUCCACAGAGACGGUAAGGAGGUGUUCAUCUCGUACUCCCAGUGGAACCAGCAGCUGCAGCAGUCCUUCGAGGCGGCGUUCUGGGUGUCCGGGCACGCGGACGACCCCAACGAGAAGCGCCCAGAUUUGGUGCAUAAAAAGGAAAUUUACAAAGACAGCUGUGGCGCUUCCAGCCCCUGGUGUGACUACCAGCUGAGACCCAACUUCGCCAUCGCCAUGGUGGUGGCCCCAGAGAUGUUCACAGUGGAGAGAGCGUGGAAGGCUCUGGAGAUCGCUGAGAAGAAACUGCUGGGACCUCUGGGAAUGAAAACACUGGACCCCGAUGACAUGGUGUACUGUGGCAUCUACGAUAACGCCCUGGACAAUGACAACUACAACCUGGCGAGAGGCUUCAACUACCAUCAGGGACCGGAGUGGGUUUGGCCAGUCGGCUACUUCCUGCGCGCUAAACUGUACUUUGCCAAGAAGUUGGGGGCGGAGACUCACGCCAAGACGGUCAUGCUGGUGAAAAACGUCCUGUCCAAGCAUUUCACCCACAUCGAGAGAUCUCCGUGGAAGGGCCUGCCAGAGCUGACCAAUGAGAACGGCCAGUACUGUCCCUUCAGCUGUGAGACCCAGGCCUGGUCCCUGGCCACCGUGCUGGAGGUCCUGUACGAUCUGUGAGGGGAGUGGGACACACCGGAGGCCCCGGCGCGCUGGAGCUGUGCAGCAGCUCCCACCUCUGCUGGCGUUGGCUACAGUCACAUCCUCUGUAGAAAGAAUAAAAAAACACUUUGUAACAAGGAUAAGAGUAGUAGCAUAGAUGUUAUUUCAAUGUUUGCCCUCACAAUAAACUAACACUGGAUAGUCUAUAUUUUUCACAGCGUUCUAGGUGAUCUGUCCUUUUGAAAGUUCACACAUUUUCCUGAGGUCAUAAUGAAACCAGAGCAACGUGCUUUGGUCAAAAUAACAGAGAUUCAGAAGUGAGGGGAGUUUCUUCUUUUAAGUUUGUGUCACAGUUUUACAAACUGCUUCUGAGGUGAAGCAAACACAAGACUAGUGUGGAUUUGGGUCGGUGCCCUUUGAUGGUUUCUGGCCGCUGUCGUAGCACCGUAGUGCAAAUCUCAGUCGCUUACACAGCCCACACUGCCUGACCUUCUGAUUCGGUGGGUUCUUCAAACACCAAAUCCACGCUCCCAAGCUUAGAAAGUGCCAUAAACACCUGACGACCGUUGUUGUCUUUGUAGUUUUUGUAGCCAGUAUAUUUGCUGACUUUUGUUCUUUACUUUUCACACAAUAAUGUACAACAGUUUAAAGUAACAAAUGAUGCACAUAUUUGCUUAAUAUAGAUUAAACAAGGAACAAGGAACAAAGACUUGUUGACUUGUCGACAGUAACUCAUAGAAACUCAUCGUCAUCGUGAAGCUCAGUGGUAAAACUUUACAAAGAUCCUUUGUGUUUGUGGUUUUUAACGUGUCUCACCAGACCUGCAUCCUUUUUGUUUGGUUUAUUCACACUUUUGACACAAAUGACUUGUGUGAGCAGGUUUCAUUUUUAAGUGCACGUCCUGAUUGUCGAGUACGGUUUGGAGUAACCGCUCGGUCGUGCCAGAGGCUUUCUAGUUAAGGAAAUUUAUACGGACAAACAUUCAUUGAAACUGCUCUCACUAUUAUAUUUCUCUCUUUCUGUCAUCUGUCAAUGAAACAAGUAUUAAAGGAUGUGAAAAGCAGCUCAUACGCCAGUUAAUCGAGCCGCUGCUCUGCACUUGAAAUCCUGAUUUCCUAAACACAACAACUCUGGUGUCAGCUGUGUUUGUACAAUCACUGUCAGAGGAAACUAAUGUGAAGCACGUGUUUGAUCGCAGAUCGAUGUAGCUGAGCUCUCGCUCAGAAGUCAUUCAGCCACCGAGGGGAUGCACCCACAGAUCCAAAUAUAUAUAUAUAUAUAUAUAUAUAUAUAUAUAUAUAUAUAUAUAUAUAUAUGUGUGAACUGCUAACAGCAAGUUGGGCAAGCGAGGAGGCAAGCAAAGGUCAGAGUGGGGUCGAAGGUCUGCAGCGUAAUCAGGAAGCAGAGAAAUGUGUGAACAAAAGCAAAAAGCAAAAAAGAAACGAGUCAUUUACACAAGUUAUGUUCGUUAUUUAUAGGUACGACUCACGGAGAUCACAUUUGUUAACUCAAACUCCGGAAAUUGUAUGAAAAGCUUCAGAUGAACUC